AUGUCUUAUCAUCCUAAUCAACCUCCGUAUGGAGGAUACCCACCCCAACAAUACGGACAGCAAAGCCAUCCUUCUGGACCUCCACCCCAGGGCUAUCAGCAGCCCUACGGUGCCCCUCCCCCACAAGGCCCAUACCCCCCUCAGCAUGGCCACCACCUCCCGCCUCAACAGGGACAUUAUCCUCCACCCCAACAAGGCCAUUACGGCGCACCAUCUCAACCUCACGGAUACCAUGCCCCGCCCGGGCAACCUCCAUUUGGCCAGCAGCAGCAUGGCUAUGCCCCUCCAGGCCAACUGCCCAUGGGAUACCCACCACAAAGUCAAGCACCUGUUGGGUACGGCGCACCAGCUGGUGGCGCCUAUCCGCCCCAGGGUGUUCCGUCACAACCUUCUCCCGGUUACAUCCCUGGACAAGUAGCACCAGGCGACUUCCGGCCGCAAGCAGAUGCUCUUCGUAAAGCGAUGAAGGGAUUUGGCACGGACGAAAAGGCCCUGAUUGCAGUUCUCGCGCAACUCGACCCGCUUCAGAUGGCCGCCGUUCGCGACACAUAUUCCAAGCACCUCGGCCGCGAUCUGUUCAAGGACGUCAAGUCCGAGACUGGCGGAUACUUUGGCGAUGGCCUACUUGCCGUACUCGACGGACCGCUUAUACAGGAUGUCGAGAACUUGCACUCGGCAAUCGAUGGCGCCGGUACGAAGGAGUGGUUACUCAAUGAGAUCCUGCUCGGCCGGUCCAAUGCUGAUAUGAAUGCUAUCCGGGCCGCCUACGAAAUAAGAUAUAGGCGUUCGCUUUCUAAAGAUGUCGAAGGCGACCUCUCCUUCAAGACAUCCACUUUGUUCGCCACCGUCCUUCGUGCUGCUCGCAAUGAAGAGUCUGCCCCUAUCAACCCGCAUACCAUCGAGACGGAUGUUCGAUCCCUGCAAGGGAAGAACGUCACAGAAGUGUGCUCCAUCUUUGCCAAGGCGUCCAAUGCCGAGCUCCGUGCUAUUAGCCAGACGUUCCAGUCACGCUACCAUAUCCCCCUCGAGAAGCACAUCGAGAAGGAAUUCUCGGGUCAUAUGGAAGAUGCGCUACUCUUGAUGCUUCGCUCGGCUACGGAUCCGGCCAUGCGUGAUGCCAUCCUACUCGAGGAAACUAUGAGCGGCAUGGGAACCAAGGACGAGCGCCUUGUUUUCCGUGUUGUCCGUGUCCACUGGAAUCGCAACCACAAGGAGAUGGUCAAGCGCGCUUACCAUCACAGGUUCGGAAAGAACUUGAUUGACCGGGUGCGCGGCGAGACUUCUGGUGAUUACCAGCGGUUGAUGGUUGCUCUUCUUGGGUAG